AUGGGUAUGAAAGGCCAAAGAAGGCCGCCUCCAGGCUCCGACAGCUUCAAGACUGCCAACAAACAACGUCGUCAACUCCAGCACAUCAAGCGCAAGAGAGAAAAGGAUGCUACGCGCCGAGCCGAGCGCUAUGCUUUCAAGAAGGAAGAAGCCAAGAACCCUAAAUUGAAGGAGGAGCGUUUGAAGCGCAAUAUUCCAUUGACGCUUGAGCGCAAGCGAGUCUGGGAUGGUGCCGAUAGCGACGCCGAGGAGCAUGGCCUGGGUCUGAGCGUCGACGUCGAGCGCAUCAAACGGGCCAAGAAAGAAGCGGAGGAGGAACUGAACCGACCACUCGAAGAUGGCGAGGAUGAUAGCGAAGGGCCCGAGUCUGAUAAUGAGUCUGUCGACAGUAUGAUUGCGACAAGUGAUAGUGAAGACGAAGAUGAGGAAACGGACGAGGACAAAAAGGAUUCAGGUUGCGGGCGAACAAAGUCAUCUCUCCCCUCAGCUACGGAUCGAGCAACAAGCCCGACCCAUUCUACACGCAGCACGAACCUGAACCUUGCGCCAGAGGCCCUCGCAGCCAAAUUCCCCACCCUUUUCACCUCCGGGCCCCCUCCAACACCGAAAAUCCUCAUCACCACCGCCCUCAACUCCACUCUCCACAAAGAAGCCGAUAUUCUGACCGACCUCUUCCCCAACAGCGUGUAUAUCCGCCGCACGGCACACCCGAUCUCCAAGUUUGCUUCAAAUCGCAACUUCACAGCCCUCAUCGUGUUGCAGGAGGAUCAGAAGAAGCCCAGCGGACUUACUGUUGUGCAUCUUCCUCACGGGCCAACCUUUCACUUCAGUAUCAGCAACUGGAUUGAAGGCAAGCGAUUACCGGGCCACGGCCGAGCCACCGACCACUGGCCUGAGCUCAUUUUGAACAACUUCCGUACACCCCUGGGUCUGCUUACAGCGCACCUUUUUCGCGCGCUGUUCCCUCCGCAACCGGAAUUCGAGGGUCGACAGGUUGUGACAUUGCACAACCAGCGUGAUUACAUUUUUGUGCGCCGCCACCGUUAUGUUUUCCGUGAAAAGAGAGAGACCGAGAAGGCAGUUGUCGGUGCUGAUGGCAAAGAAAUGGCUGGUGCCGAAGGUAUUCGUACUGGACUGCAGGAGCUGGGUCCUCGAUUCACAUUGAAGCUGCGGCGUGUUGAUAAGGGGAUCCAGAGGGCAAGUGGGCAGGAGUGGGAAUGGAAGGGUGGAAUGGAAAAAGAACGGACGAAGUUCCAGCUUUGA